AUGGCUGAGCGAAACUCCAGAGCAAUCAACCAUAUUGCAGUGUCUGUGGCGGACAUCAAUGCCGUAACAAAAUGGUACACUGAAGUCAUGGGCUUCCACGUCCAUGGCGGAAUGAUCAAGCACAUCAAACGAUCUGAAACUCCCGACGCAUCCAUCUUUGAUAUCUAUGGUGAUUCUCUCAAUGAGUGUAAGAUCGCCUGGAUGGCUACUGGAAAUGGAGUUGGCUUUGAGGUUUUCGAAUUUGUAGACCCCAAAUUCGAGCCCGCCAAGACAUUCGAGUAUAACAGAGGUGGAUUCUUCCACCUCUGCGUGACGGAUUCUAACCCAGACGCACUCGUGGAUAAGGUUGUUAAGCAUGGCGGGAAGAGGAUUGGUAAGACUAUUCGGAACACGUUGAGUCGAUCCAUUUGUCUGUACUGCAAGGAUCCUUGGGGGAAUAUUCUAGAGAUUCUAGACAUGAGCUUCGAUCAAAUGGCAGCGCUUGAUACAUGCAGCCCGAGCGAUCUUAAUGCCCGACAUUCUAAGCUCUGA